AUGGCCUUGAUCCAAGAAGUAUUGCAGCGACUACAAGCUGCUGGUUUAAAAAUCAAUCGCUUGAAAUGCGAGUGGUGUGUCCAAGAAACUGAUUUCUUGGGCCAUUGGUUGACUCCUGAAGGCGUCAAACCGUGGAAGAAAAAGAUUGAUGCCAUCCUCAAGAUGUCAGCAGAAUUGUGUUACCUUUUACCGCCACAUUCGAACAUGUGGCCGCGUCGAUCUCAUCUUCUCAAACCCCUAACAGAGCUCACAGGCAAAGGAAUGUUUGAAUGGACUGAUGAAUGUGCAAAAGCUUUCGCUGAGAUGAAAGCUCUCAUGGCUAGCGAUAUAAUGAUGCGCUACCCCAAUCCAAACAAACCCUUUGAAAUCUAUACUGAUGCGUCUGACUACCAGAUGGGCGCUGUCAUCAUGCAAGAAGGUAAACCCGUCGCCUACUGGAGUUGUAAGCUCAAUGCUGCGCAACGCAAUUACUUGGUAAUGGAAAAAGAAAUGUUGGCUGUUGUACAUUGUUUGAAAGAAUUUCGGUCUAUGAUAUAUGGUGCCAAGUUAACUAUUUUUACUGAUCAUAAAAUUCUCACCAUGCGAACGUUGAACACACAACGAGUUCUUCGUUGGCGUAUGUUUGUUGAAGAAUUUGGUCCCAAUUUCGUCUAUUUGCCUGGAAAAGAUAAUGCAAUUGCCGACUGCUUCUCUCGGCUUCCGCGAAUGGAGAAGCCGUCUGAAGGGAAGAGUCCAAAUAAGGGUAAAUUGAUUGCGUUUGAUAAAUUACAGGUUUCGGUUGAUCCCGAAGACAAAAUCUACACGUUUGAAGAUAAUGUUCUCGUAAAAGAAAAUGAUUUGAUUACGCCACCAACAGAAGCCAAGUUCAACAGUACCUUCCGAUGUCAGUUCUCCUGUUGCCAAGAUGGAGAUAUUCAUGAACACCUGACCAUUGACGACAUUGAAAUAGAAGAGUCCUUUUUGAAUCAUCCUCCUCUACAAACGAUGCCAAACCCAAUCACAAUGCCAAACAUUCAACAACAUCAAACUCAAGAUCAACUGCUCAUGCAACAAGCUCAACGCGAUGCACAGCACUACCAGAUCAUGACAAUUGACGAGCGUCUCAUCAUCACCUAUCAAAUCGAUCCUGCAUGUCAAGACGAUUGGAGAAUUUACUUACCUUUGAGUUUGGUUGAUGAUGUGAUCACCUGGUAUCACCUUGUGCUUGGACACAGAGGAAAAACGUCAAUGUAUGCUGCGAUUGCAAAGCGAUUCUAUUCUCCUGGAUUGAAGCAACGAAUUGAACGAUUCAAUUGUGAAAUUUGCCAACUCAAUAAAGCGGCGAAUGUUCAAUACGGACAGUUACCUGAACGACACGCGGAUUUGGUUCCAUGGUUCUCCGUUGCAGUCGAUUUGAUUGGUCCAUGGAAAAUUGACGUCAAUGGUAGAGAACUUGAAUUCAACGCGUUGACUUGUAUUGAUCCCGUGACAAAUCUCACUGAACUUGCUUUUAUCAAGAAUAAAACUGCAACACACAUAGCAAGCGUGUUUGAAAUGCUGUGGUUGUCACGAUAUCCGAGACCAUACAAAUGUAUUCACGAUCAAGGAGGCAAAUUCAUUGGCGAAGCCUUCCAAGCGAAACUCGCUACUUGGGGAAUCCAUGAUGGCGGAACCACUAGCAAGAAUGCGACCGCAAAUGCGAUCUUUGAAAGAAUGCAUUUGACAGUGGCAAACAUUUUGCGCACCAGAUACAAUGAUGCCGCUCCAAACUUUUAA